AAAGCCACCAUAAAUCUUAGAAUGUACGUGCCCCUGUACCAAGCGGCACUUAAUGGUGAUUGGGAAAGGGCCAAAGAAUUUAUCAGGUUGCAUCCAUCUGCACUAUCUGCUAGGAUCGCAAAGGGGCAGGAAACAGUUCUUCACAUUGCAGCUGGAGCCAGACAGACCAAGUUUGUGGAAGAGUUAGUCAAAUUGAUGGACAUGAAGGAUUUGGAAUUGCAAAACAAGCAUGAUAACACAGCGCUUUGUUUUGCUGCCGCAUCAGGAAACACGAGAAUUGCUGAGGUAAUGGUGAAAAAGAACGUUAACUUGCCAGCUGUGAGGGGUAGUAAGGGAUUGACAGCAGUCCACAUGGCUGCAUUGUUAGGUCACAGAGACAUGGUGUUGUUUCUUUGCUCGGUGACUAGGGAUGAAGAUCUAACAAAAGAAGAUUUCACCGGCUUACUUGUUGCUACUAUUAGUUCAGAUUUGUAUGAUGUCGCUCUUCACAUACUUGAUUGUCGACCAGAAUUAGCAAUUGAGCAAGAUUCGAAUGGGGAGACAGCCCUUCAUGUUUUAGCUCGAAAACGCUCGGCAUUUUCUGGCAAAAGUGGGCUGGGAGUCUGGCAUAGAUUUAUAUAUCCAUGGUUCCAUGUGGGACAAUUGAAGGAGUUUAGCUGCUGCUGCACCAAGACCUGCGGCUUCUUCUCUACUAUGUGCAAGUACCAGAGUAGCAGAACCAUCCACAGUUGUAACUCGAACCGCUUCUUCAGUAGACUACUUCAGCACGCAGAAGAAGUUUUUGGUUUCAAGGUAGUUCAUGACAAAAAACUACUAGACAUGCAAUCUCUAGAGUUGGUGAAACGUCUCUGGGGACAAAUAUUGUUAUUGGAUGAUGCACAGAUUGGAAACAUACUUAAAAGCCCUUCGCGACCAUUAUUUGUUGCUGCUGAGUUAGGAAAUUUUGAGUUUGUAUUUGAGCUCCUUCAUUCUUACCCUGAUCUAAUUUGGAAGGUUGAUGAGCAAAGUCGGAGCAUUUUUCACAUUGCUGUCAUGCAUCGCCAAGAAAAGAUCUUCACCCUUAUUUAUGACAUUGGAGCUCACAAAGAUUUGAUUACUGCUUAUAAAGAUUCAAACAAUACCAACAUGUUACACUUGGCUGGAAAAUUGGCUCCAUUCAAUCGACUUAACAUCGUCUCUGGUGCUGCACUUCAAAUGCAACGGGAACUCUUGUGGUUUAAGGAAGUGGAGAAGAAUGUACGACCAUCAUACAAGGAGAUGAGAGACAUGGAAGGUCAAACACCCCGAAUGUUGUUUACCAAGGAGCACAUGGGACUAGUGAAAGCCGGGGAAAGGUGGAUGAAAGGCACUGCCUCAUCAUCCAUGCUUGUCGCAGCACUUAUCACCACAGUAAUGUUUGCUGCUAUUUUCACUGUCCCAGGAGGCAAUAACAACAACGGCAUCCCAAAUUUUCUUCAAGCCAAGACAUUCAUGCUUUUCGCCAUAUCAGAUGCAUUUGCCUUGUUCUCUUCAGUCACCGCUAUACUAAUGUUCUUGUCCAUCCUCACUUCUCGCUAUGCAGAAGAAGAUUUCCUCGAGUCCUUACCAAAAAGAUUGAUCAUCGGUCUUACAACUCUCUUCUUCUCUAUAGCAUCCAUGCUUGUAGCUUUUAGCGCAACAUUUUUCAUUGUACUUGGCCAUCAACUAGCUUGGGUUGUCAUUCCCGUGGCGCUAACUGCUUGCAUACCGGUAACAUUAUUUGCAUUUUUGCAGUUCCCUCUGUUGGCCGAUAUGGUUAGUUCUACUUAUGGGUCUGGAAUUUUUGCUCGUCGUAACAGAGAUACUCUUUAUUAGAGUUCAAGAAUGGAUUAUUAGUUUGAAUGUAUAAGAAUAGUUUGUAGGAUGUACUAAAAUAUGUUGUUAUUUUUUCAUUAUAUAUAGCAGUUACAAUAGUAUUUGUUCAUUUUAUCAAUAAAUGUGACAAGGCUAUUCUUUUAAGA